CGCCCCUCUACCGGCUUUCAAACAUCCAUAAGAGCUCGCUCGAUUGUGUUCUUUGCACUCAAGAUGACAGAUCGAUGGCUUUCUCAAAGGCAGGCAAUCCACGACAGCCUUAAAUGCCUCGCCUGUGAACUGCUUCCGUUCGAUGCUCUUGCAGAAGACAGAACUCCUCCGCCCACAACGAUUGAUCUCGAUAGCGUCGACAUUGAAGGGCUUCGAAAACGGGCAGCGAAGUGCGACUUUUGUCGUGCCUUGGUUGAUCUGCGUGAGCAUUGGCUUUCGGAAGAGCGAGAAAAUCGGAUGCCUGACGACGGCUUCGCUUACCAUAAUUUUUGUGGCAUGAGCGACUGGCGUAUGAAGCGUACCGAUCAUACAUACUUAGGUCUCAAUUCGGACUUUGACAGUGUACUCGCCAAACGGAUAAAUGAUCGCUACAUCUAUAGCGACCCGCUAUCAGGUCUACCCCUGAAGCAAGUCUCCCAUUGGAUGCGUAAAUGUAGCGAAAAGCACAAGAGAUGUUUUGAACACCCUACAGAUCUACCUACACGCGUGAUCGAUGUUCGCUCACCGCGACUGAAGCUACUGGAUCCAAGUCCAAGUAACCCUCAUCCAUAUGUAGCCCUCAGUCAUUGCUGGGGUACGUGCCGGGACUUCCUCACAACACGCGAGAACAUCCAGGACCGGAGAUCUGGAUUCGAACUGACUGAUCUGCCCGCGACCUUUCGUGACGCAGUAACAGCUGCCCGUAUCCUCAACAUCCCCUUCCUCUGGAUAGACAGUAUAUGCAUACUCCAAGGAGAUAAGGAUGACUGGGAGAUGGAAGGCAGCAAGAUGGCAGACGUCUACUCUAAUGCCACAAUGUGUAUCGCAGCCGCAGAUGCAAACGAUGACACAGAAGGUUUUCUAAGACCAAGGAAAGACAUUCCAACUCUGGCUAUCGAUAUUGUUCUUACCUUGCCAACACCGAACCAAGCCCAGAUGAAGACGCGGAUAUACACGCAGUUGCCACUUAAGAGGCCCGGACUACAUGAGCGGUUCCCGGCGCUACACAAUCGAGCUUGGUGCCUUCAGGAGCGUUAUCUGAGCCCCAGAAUUCUGUUCUUUGAUCGUGACAACAUGCAUUGGGAAUGUCUCGAGGACGUAUGGUCUGAAGCUGGCCGACGUCUACCAAAGCACAGGCAAAUGCUUCCGGACAUCAUGCCUAGGCUCAACAAAACUGAGGGCCUGUCGCACACGCCUUGGUGUCGAAUGGUACGCGAAUACACAACACGCGCUAUCUCAUUCCCUUCCGAUAAGCUACCAGCGGUGUCUGCCCUGGCUUUGCGAAUUGCACAAAAGACCGGAGACGGGUAUUGUGCCGGGCUCUGGAAGUCUGAUCUCCUUCGCGGUCUACUGUGGUAUCGCGCGGUUCGAUAUAACUUUAGAGCCCGUGAGGCAGCCGGUCCUUGGAAUCCCAAUCAGCAAAGACCACAAAGCUUUCUUGCACCAUCUUGGUCCUGGGCGUCUUACCUGGGCGCUGUGGACUUUUUAGGUAUCGAGUCCUUGUUGCACAUACUACCUUCUGCGAAGCUCAUUGACGCAAGUGUGGUGGUGCCGGGCAGAAACAAGUUCGGAGAAGUGGAUAGGGGAUAUGUCACGAUUCUUUCCCCUCUACUGACCUUCGAAGAGCAGCAGUCUACAUUCGAUACGACAAACGAGCGAAAGUACGGCUGGACGCAUGAUUCAUUGGUCAGUCGUGACACCGAGACCGAUGAAGUGACCAUUACAUCUUGCUUUGACUAUCCAAAUGAGACUCGGCAGGGUUGGUUGCUUGGCAUACCGUUAGUGUACAAGAACAUAGCUGAAAGACAGGAAGAUUCGGAUGGUCAGGAAGGUCAAGAAGAUCAAAAGUAUUGCUCACAAGACACAUCGGAGCAGCCGUGGUUGGCUAUCUCCGGCAUCCUAAUCAUGGAGAAGAAAGGUGAUGAGAAGGUGUACGAGCGUGUCGGCUGCUUCUCGAUCGAGCCUGUUCAGCUUGAUUCAUUUCUCGACUUCCUGCGAGAUCUUUGGACCCAGGAAACCCGGAUAGUCUAAGCGGCAGCACGGAUCUUUGGUUUAGAGUGAGGGUCCGGAAACAGAUGCCUGACGUUCAGGAAACCCAGAGGAUAGGCAACGCUGUGGACUGAAGAGGAGCUGUAGGCACAGGUCGCAUUGGACGACAAGAGCCACACUUGAC